CAGUCUGGAGCUUGUGCACGGUUGCCUGGCCCGUGGUGAAGAGCCCACGUCUGUUGCAGACCGGACCUGGAGGCUGCUGCGCUGACGUGGCUCCCGGAAGUGGGGCUUGGCUCCGGGCCGCCAUGUUGUCACAGGACAGUAAUGAUGACACUGAAGAUGUUUCACUGUUCGAUGCAGAAGAAGAGACAACGAAUAGACCAAAAAAGUCCAAAAUCAGACAUCCCGUAGCAUCGUUUUUUCACCUGUUCUUCCGAGUCAGUGCAAUUGUAGUCUAUCUUCUUUGUGAGUUGCUCAGCAGCAGCUUCAUUGCCUGUAUGGUCACAAUUAUCUUGUUGUUGUCCUGUGACUUUUGGGCAGUAAAGAAUGUCACAGGUAGACUAAUGGUUGGCCUACGUUGGUGGAACCACAUUGAUGAGGAUGGAAAGAGCCACUGGGUGUUUGAAUCCAGAAAGUCAACUCAAGAAAAUAAAACUGUUUCAGAGGCUGAAUCAAGAAUCUUUUGGUUAGGACUUAUCACCUGUCCAAUUCUGUGGGUGAUAUUUGCCUUCAGUGCACUCUUCUCCUUCAAAGUGAAGUGGCUGGCUGUUGUGAUCAUGGGUGUGGUGCUGCAGGGUGCCAACCUAUAUGGUUACAUCAGGUGUAAAGUGGGCAGCAGGAAGAACUUAACCAGCAUGGCUACCUCGUAUCUUGGAAAGCAGUUUUUAAGACAAAGCACUGGAGAGGAUCAGGCUUCCUGAGUAAAGACAAAGCUUAUGUGUUCUGAAACUGGGGAGCAACAGAAGAGAUUCUUGACUGGUUUAGAGCUUAAUCCAUGUUGCAAAGUGAAGUGUUGGGUUUGUUUUUCUACUUAAAAACUUAAUAUUAAAAAGGGGAAUCACAGUUUUUCAUCUCAAACCAU